ACUUUGUUCAUGCAGCAUCCGGUGUGCUGCAGAAGCCAGUAGACCACAGGAAGCCUGCAGCUCUUGAAACUCUGAGGGGGUCCUGGUGAAUAGCUGAACUGGUGGGUUGUGCCAUCUUUAGUUUGAGGUACACUGAGUGAUUAUCACCGAGAUGGAGAGCCAGGUGUGGGAGGAUGUCAACAUAGAGGAAAUUAUUGAAAAACUCAACAAGGACUGCCAGGAGGAGAUGGCGGUGGUUUUGGAGAACAGGAAGAAGCUGGAGAGGGUUGACUCAUGCUUGGCCCAGAUCAGCCAGGAGGAUGUGGUCUCUGAGACCCAGCCCCAUGCCAAGGGGACUGGUGAGCACUGGCAGCACCUGCUGGACCUCAAUGGGGCCAGGGUGACGAGGCUGCAGGAGACACUGGAUGCCGUGCAGCAACUGGAGAAGAACAUAAGCAGCCUCCAGCCCUGGCUGGCCGAUAUUGAGACCAAGUUGUCUGACCCAAUCACCUAUCAUACUUGUGACUCCCAGGAGAUCCAGAGGAAGCUAAACCAACAACAGGAUGUUCAGAAGGACAUAGAGGAGCACAGAACAGACAUGGAGUCUGUGCUGAGUCUCUGUGAGACCGUGCUACAGGACUGUGAUGUAUGUUACACUGAUACCCGGUUCACCUCCGUCCAGCAGGCCUCUCGCACCCUGGAGCAGCGCUGGAGGAAUGUUCAUGCUGCGUCCUCAGAGAGAAUAAAGCAGAUCAAGGAAACAGGGAAUUUGUGGGAGAAGUUCAUGGAGGACUUGUCCUGCUUUAAGGACUGGAUUCAGACCUCAGAGAGAAUGGCUGUCUUGCCCAGCUCUUCAGAGCUGCUCUACACCACAGCCAAACAGGAGCUUAAGAAGUUUGAGGCCCUGGAACAACAGGUCCAGGGAAACGUGACUCAGCUAGACGCAAUCAUCAAGCAGUACCAGCACCUAAUGCGAGAGGACCGCGCAGAUGAAUCGUGCCAGCUCAGGGACAUGAUGCAUGAUGGGAAGCAGCGCUGGGAAACCUUGAAUGACAUGGUGAUCUCUGGCUUGCGUAGGCUCAAGGAGUUUAUAGGGGAGAGAGAGGCAUUUGAGUCAGCCAGAGAUGCAGUCCUAAUGUGGGUGACUGCCAUUGACCUGCAGCUGACCAACGUUGAACACUUUUCCCAGUGUGACCCACAGGAUAAAUUCACCCAGUUCCAGGCACUGCAGCAAGAGAUUUGUCUGACCGCAGGAGCGAUUGAGGAAACCAUCCACCAGGGGGAGCUCCUGAUUCAGAGGAGUGAGUCCCUUGAUGCCACUGUCAUUGAGGAGGAGUGCGGGGAUCUGCACAGAUACUGCAAGGAGGUGUUUGGCCGUGUGCAUCGUUACCAGGAGAAGCUCAUUGGUCUGCCGUUUACAGCAGAGGAACAUGGCCUUUCUGACCUGGAGGAAUCAGAGGAGCUGCCUAGGUUUCUAUGGAGCGGAAGUGGUGGUGACAGUCUCCUGGCUCCACCCCCUUCCUCUCUAGUAUUGUGCCUGCAGGGUGAGGAUUCGGGGCGAGACAGUCCUGCCAGCUCGGGCUCCAUCGCCCUGGAGUGGGACCAUGACUACGACCUAUCCCACAAUUCUGCACUUCACUCAGAGCCACAACCGUCCACCUAUGAGGCCAUUCAUACCAGUCACCUCUACUUAACAGACCAGUCAGAUUUUGCUUGCCUCACCAGCGCAGAGUCAGAGGCUGCAGACUUGAUUGCCGACUGGGAGCUGAUCCCAGAGCAGGUGUCGAGUGAGGAGCUCUGCAUGAAACAGGACCUGAACCAGUGGCAAGAGCUCUACUCCCAUGACCUGCAGAGAGUAUGGGCAAGACUUGGCCAGGCAGAGGCAGAGUUGGUGCAGCUACGGGGGUGGGACAUACGCGCUAAUCCCCAGACCACUGAGCUGCGGAUCAGGAGACUCAAGCAAAUCCACAUGGAGCUGAUGGAGUUACAGCUGACAGCUGAACUGCCAGGAGACCUGUCCAGCCAGCUGCUAGGCCAAACAGAGCUGAGGGACUGCCUGGAGGCAGAGAAGGAGCCUGUCAAUGAUCGUCUUGAGUGGCUCCUGAAGGAGUUCACCAGGCUCAUCAAGGAGCUGGAAUGGACUCUAGACAUCGGAAGUGGCUGGGAGCCACAGUGUGAAGGCAUCCCAACUCAGCAUGAACCCACAGCCAGCACUCAACACCCCAGGUCUAACAGAGGUGUCAGCUCUCACCCGUCCCACUCUGAGUGGCAGUGGCAGGCCUUUCUUCAGCGUGUGCUGUGGACCGCCCUGCCCCUCCAGUUCUUCAUCCUCGUCCUCCUUGGUCUGGCUUGCUUGUUGCCCCCCACCCAGGAGGACUACAGCUAUGUUCUUGCCAAAAUCCUUGUACAAAACCUGCUCCCCACACUAUACUACACUAAUGGGCCACCACCUGUAUGAGCAGAGAAGGGACUGACUAGUUUUCUUUAUUAUCUCUGAUAAUUCUGUGAAUUUAAGUCUACAUCAAUCAGUAGCCAAUCAUCGAUAGAACAGAGCUCAGUACCUGGGAUUCAUAUAAUCUGCUUCACAUGAUUCAAACUGUUCUUUUGGUCUUCGGUGCAGGUCUUCAGUCAUCAGGGCAACAGUUAUAUACAUUGGAAGUAAAAGACAACAGAGAAAAUGUUUAUUUUUCAUGUUUUAUUUAAUGGAAUUUCAGUACUGCUAAAGUUAAGUGCAGAUGUGGAUCUGUCAUAGACCCGAACCUAGAAUCUGCACCCACAAAUUUCAUAUUGUACAUCGCUCUGGAUAAGAGCGUCUGCUAAAUGCCUUGUAAUGUAAUGUAAUAUUGUUUCAAAAAUA